UUUCCAAGUUUCCUAAUUAAGCAGUUCAAUGGAGUCUCUUGUAGGAAACACAUAGUUUUGAUGCGUGUAAUUAAAACUGUAGUGCAAGCGUCAGAUCAGAUAUUUAAAAUACUUAUUUAUUUGUUAAUACUUUGCUGUUCUAUCCGUUUUUGGCUUCUUACAGUAUCUUACUACUUAAACAAACUCUCUUUCUAUAUUAUUUGUUAGGGUUUAAUUCAAAUAACCAAAUUUACACUUCAACAAAGCUGCUUCCGUCUCUCUUUCUUCUUUUAAUUCCCUACCAUUUUUUUCAUCCAAUUUUUUAGGGUUAGGGUUUUAGGAUUUUUUUUUUAGCAAGUUCUAGAAGAGAAGGAGGGGGUGGGGGUUUUAGUUGUGUGAUGGUCUAGCAAUGGAUACGGUGAACCAGCGGGGACUGCUAGCGAGACCGUUUGGAGAUGAAUAUGAUGAUGGGGGACUUGAGGGCGAAGAAUUUAGCGGACCUCACAGGCUGGUCAUGAAUGGUGUAGCGAGUUCAGUGAGCCAUGGGAAUGGAGUUGGAGGCUUUGUUCAAGCGACUCGAACCAGUGAACUAACCAUAGCAUUCGAGGGCGAGGUCUAUGUAUUCCCUGCUGUUACUCCGGAAAAGGUGCAAGCAGUUUUGUUACUAUUGGGAGGACGUGGUGCAUCAACUAAUGUGCCCAGCUCUGAGUUUCUACUACAAGAAAAGGUCAAGGUUGUAGGUGGUUCUUCACAAGACUCAAAGCUUUCACGAAGAAUUGCCUCACUAGUAAGAUUUCGUGAAAAGAGGAAUGAGAGAUGCUUUGAAAAGAAAAUUCGUUAUACUUGCCGAAAAGAGGUUGCUCAGAGGAUGCAUCGUAAGAAUGGACAGUUUGCAUCGUUGAAGGAGUGCUACAACUCAGCUGAUGGAAGCUGGGAUCAAAGUGAUGGCACUCCUGAAUCUGCUUUGCGUCGAUGUCAUCAUUGUGGGAUCAGUGAGAAGCUAACUCCAGCAAUGCGUAGGGGGCCAGCUGGUCCUAGAACACUUUGCAAUGCUUGUGGCCUUAUGUGGGCAAACAAGGGAACACUUAAAGAUCUUAGAAAAGGAGGGAGGAAUGCUCACUUUGAUUCAAAUGAGCCGGAAACUCCAACUGAUACUAAGCCUUCAACCAUGGAACCCGAAAAUUCAUUUGCCAACGAUGAUGAGGAGGGAAGCCCAGAAGAGACCAAGCCAGUGCAUUUGGAUUCUGUAAAUCAUUUGAUAAGAUCAAACGAGCAGGAAUUUGCAGAAAACUCACAUCCUUUUCCCAUCCAAGUGGUGAAUUCCUCAGUCAACCUUGAUGAUGAGGACAUGCAGGAAACACUGGAAGAGCUUGCCGAUGCCUCUGGGUCAGAUUUUGAGAUUCCUUCGCAUUUUGAUGAGCAGGUGGACAUUGAUGAUACCAACAUUGGGACCGAGUGGCCUGGGACUUAAGAUGUUGCGAUAUGUAUGUGAAGUUCAAUCUUCCAGGUGGAGGAGGUUUCUUUUAUGACAUGUUUGAUCGAGCAGAACUGGUAUUGACUAACAAUAGAUUUCCAGAGAUGUUUUGUUUAUAGACAUAGAAUUCCCCUGUACGUGAGCUGCUGGACUUAACGCGGGCUUUUUGUUAUUUCAUAUAAUGUGAAUAAUAUUUUGUGCCUUGCUCAUUGCUGCCUCUUCCAUGUUAA